UCCUUGUGUCUGCAACUGUGAAACUUCGUUAUCUGGGUUACUUUCGAUUUACCUAACAGAAGUUUUAUUGCUUUGGAUCCCCCCAUACCCCUAUACCCUAUUCCUCAUCUCUCUUUCAUAGCUUCCCUUCCCCGGCCCCUUUUAAAUUGCAAGAAUUCCCACGCCCACCCAAAGAUAGAGAACCCAAAUUCUAGACUCUCUCUCUUCCAGUUCAGCCUCCUGAUCUCUUUGAAAGGGCCUCUUUGAGAAGUGAGGUCAAUCUCCAAUAUACUCUAACACUAGCUCUUUCUCUGUAUCUUACAAUAUGGAUGAUUAUUAUAGAAGAAGCCAUGUUCCAGCUUUUGGCAGCUGGGAUUGGAACAAUGACCUCCCUUUUACUCAGUGUUUUGAAUCAGCUAGACAAGCUGGGUUGCUUCGUUACAGCUACUCAGAGGAUCGUGAUUUAUAUGUUGCCGGUGAUCUUUAUGAAAAUGAUGUUGUUACUCCUGCCAUGAUUGUUGUUCCGCGCAGAAGGACGAAAGUACGACAGUCUCAUGUUAAAGAAGGGAAAAAGCAAAGCUGGGAGGUCAAUAACGUGAAGCAACCACCAAGCCCCACUCUUCUGCCCAGGCCAAAACCCAAACCCGUUGAUGAAGACCUCUACAAAAUCUCCCCUGAGCUUCUUUACUCUAAAUCCAAAAAGAAGAGAGGGUUGGGCUUCUUUUCAAGCUGCUUGGUGCCGAGUUGUGUAUUGUGAAGCUGCCAUUGCCCAUUGCCAAGUGCAAUAUAUAUGCUAAAGCUUAUAUAUCUAUAUAGGAUUACGUAAAUAUAGUUUAAGGAGUUGAGAAGAGUAAAUGGAUAAUGCCAUGCCCAUGGCAUGUACUUCUUUCCCUUCCCUUAGGGGAAUUAUUGGGUUAAGAAGAAGAUUAUUAUUAUAGUGAUUAUGAUUAUGUGAGGAUUGUUAUGAGCAGAAUCUUGUUGUCAAGAAGGUUCUUUUUAAAACCUUCCUUUUUUUGUAAGGCAAUCUUUUGGAGGCUCUUACGAUGAAAAUUUGAAAAUCUUGGUUGACAAUUUGAAGGGUAAUGGAAAUGGAAUUUGGAAUGAAAAAAGGCUUGUAAAAACUGAGAAAAUGCCUUGUUAAUAUCGCAAGGUUUGUAUAUUCCCUUUCAACUAUGUGUAAAAGAAUUCUACUUUCUUUUUUUAGCAUUCAAAUUCAAACCUUUUGUGGUAGUUCUUAUUUUAGAUAAGCUUGUACAUCAUGAGAGAUCACGUGAUUCUAUUGACUAUUAUAUGUGUAUUUUCAGGUAUCAUUUUCAA